AUUUCUUUUAUUCCAUGCCAAAGCUGUCGUCUUUUCCGUAAUAUAUUGGUUUGUGAGCUUGCGAUGUUGUUUUAGUUCCAAAUUUGAUGUUUUGAAGUAGGUUAAUGUUAUUUCUUUAACUCAUGAUGGAGUCUUUUAAUUGACAAUUGGGGAAUAUUGUGCUAAAUUUUGUAUACUUUAUUUCUGAUUGCUUCGAUUUGAUUUGGGUGCUUUUGAUUUAUUCAUCCAAAACGUCUUGAAUUUUUCACUUUGUAUACUGCUUUUCCAACUGACGUGACUCACGUUGGAGCUUAAUGUUCAGCAUUCUUUACUGGAUGGUCUGUAGGUGAGUUCGGAAGUGAUUCAGUGGUGGUUGUUUAAAUCUACUUUUUGUUUCACGUUUUUAUUGAUUAGUUUUUUUUUUAUGGUUUUUUAUUUUCAUGGUUCAUUGUUGAACUUGGCGGACUUGGCGAGUGAUGAUAUUGGAUGCUUACUUAGGAUUAUUGAGAAAGGGAUGCCAUGCUAUAGAUGUGAGAUUGCCAUGCAGCAUGUUUUGGACUUUGAUUUUGAAAAGGCGUGCUCUAUUUCUCUGUCAAAUUUGAAUGUAUAUGCAUGCUUGGUCUGUGGGAAGUAUUACCAAGGAAGAGGUCUGAAUUCUCAUGCAUAUACUCACAGUCUUGAAGCUGGGCACCAUGUGUAUAUCAAUCUUCAAACAGAAAAAGUUUAUUGCCUUCCUGAUGGUUAUGAAAUAAAUGAUCCAUCGUUGGAUGACAUCCGGCAUGUUCUAAACCCAAGGUUUGCGAGGGAACAAGUUCAACAUCUUGAUGAAAAUAGGCAAUGGUCCAGGGCCCUCGAUGGUUCCAACUAUCUUCCUGGAAUGGUGGGUCUCAAUAACAUUAAGGAGACUGAUUUUGUUAAUGUCACAAUUCAGUCAUUGAUGCGGGUGACUCCUUUGAGGAAUUUCUUUCUUAUUCCUGAAAAUUAUCAACACAGCAAGUCUCCACUUGUUCAUAGGUUUGGUGAACUUACACGAAAAAUUUGGCAUGCACGGAACUUCAAGGGACAGGUUAGCCCACAUGAGUUUCUACAGGCAGUUAUGAAAGCUAGUAAUAAGCGGUUCCAAAUAGGUGUACAAUCAGAUCCUGUUGAAUUUAUGUCCUGGCUAUUGAAUACACUGCAUGCAGAACUUAAAUCAAAGAAAACAAAAAGGAGCAUUAUUCAUGAUUGCUUUCAGGGGGAAUUGGAGGUUGUGAAGGAGAUCCAUAAGAAGGUUCUUACGGAAAAGAAAGAAAACAGUGAUGAACACAACAAUGCAGUUGUUGCAGAGGGUGGAGCAGCAAAUGACGAUGUUGUGAGAGAAACAUCUAAAGUGAAAUUCUUAAUGCUUGGUCUUGACUUGCCUCCUCCCCCUCUUUUUAAAGAUGCAAUGGAGAAAAAUAUUAUACCUCAGGUUCGUCUAUUUGUUAUGUUGGACUGUUUAGCAUCUGCUAAAUAAAUGCUAUUAUAUGAUUGUAUAAAGUGAAAGUAUCUUUCCCUAGUCUUAAGUUAUGAGUAAGAUUUUAUUGAUACUGUAGUUAUAGUAUGGUCCAAUUCAUCUCUACUGUCACGAUGCAUAUUUUGCUAAGCCUUUCAGCUUUGCUUGUUUAUCUCGUAGCCAGGAGUUUCAAAUUCUGCUUGUACCUACCAGAAGCCGCAAGGGCAGUGGUGGUUUAAGGGUUUUAGUGCUUGUUCUCGACUAUUUCAAGUUGAGAACAAGCUUAGGGAGAAGCCUACAGUUCUUUAAAUGCAAUUUCCAUGCUACUGAAGAAAAAAACAUCGAAUUUUGGUCUAGAAAAGCUUUCUAGCUUGCUAAAUCACUCUCUCCACCCUUCUUUUUAUUAUUUUGAAAAGAUUGAGAAUUAUUUAAACAUUAAUUGAAAAAAUAAUGUGGGUAUUUUUUGUUGAUGGAUAGCAUAAAUGCAGGAUCAAAUUGGACGAAAAUUGAUAUUAGGUUACAAGUUAUGUUCCAGAUGUGUCUUGGAUGUGUUUUCGGAUUUGAUGAAUUUAUAGAAAAUUAAUCCUAUAAAAUCAGUGCAAUUGUUAAUGUUAUUCAAUGAUUUCCAUGAAAUAUAAACUAGCAUGGUUCAUCAAAUUGUGAACAGUCAUAAUUCAAUGAGUGUUAUGUGUUCCUAACAAUGAUUUCUUGUGGUUG